UCUGAAUGAAUCUGCUUCUGCUGUCUCUGCACGGAACACAAAAACAUAAAAAGUUCAUUUUCACAAUCACGGUCGCUUCCUACGACUAUCGAAUUCGCGUCAGCCUCAAUUCUCAUGUUUAGCGACUUUUGCUGAAGACCCGGAAAUUCCUUUUGAUGCUCUGUUUCGCGUGAGAGAAUUUUGGAGAAAGGAAAUGAAAAGCCAUUCGAAGUUGAAAUUUUUUUAAUUUUCUUUUUCUUUUUGGCUGGAACGGGAAACGUUCAAUGACUUUUGGACUCGUUUGCUUGGCUUCGACUAAUGCAUUACUCACCUUUAGGAUGAUACUGUUUUGGGGUGCAAAUUCUUCACUCUGUUAUGAUGGAGUUUGGGAUUGAUGCCUCCAUUAAUGGUGAGACAGUAGGAAAUGCUACUAUAGUGCAGAUUAAUAGCAGCACAGCUGAUGGAAACAAAGUGGGCUGCAGUUCUUUUAAUCCUGCUUAUAAACAAGGUCAUGAUGAUAAUAUAACUCAAGAUUCUUCUGGAGGGGACACAAUCCCAUCAGGAAUUCCUGCAGUAUCGGUUGCGUCAGUUGAUGAGCCCUAUGUGGGCCAGGAGUUUGAAUCUGAAGCUGCAGCACAUGCAUUCUAUAAUGCAUAUGCUAAACGUGUUGGAUUCAUCAUACGUGUAAGUAAGCUCUCACGAUCAAGGCGUGAUGGAACUGCUAUUGGACGGGCUCUUGUUUGCAACAGAGAAGGUUACAGAAUGCCCGACAAACGUGAAAAGAUUGUAAGGCAAAGGGCGGAGACAAGGGUUGGUUGCAGGGCAAUGAUUUUGGUGAGGAAAGUAAGUUCUGGUAAAUGGGUUAUUACAAAGUUUAUAAUGGAACACACACAUCCUUUGACACCUGGAAAAGGUAGAAGAGAUUGCAUUUAUGAGCAAUAUCCGAAUGAACAUGAUAAAAUUCGAGAACUAUCCCAGCAGUUGGCUAUAGAGAGAAAGCGAUCUGCAACCUAUAAAAGGCAUCUUGAAUUGAUAUUUGAGCAAAUUGAAGAGCACAAUGAUAGUCUUUCAAAGAAAAUACAACACAUAGUGGACAGUGUGAAGGAGAUGGAAACCAAAGAACAGAAUCAGAGAUAGCUUGAGCUCAGCUAUCUAGUCUUUUAAUUCUUUUCCACUGGAUGAAACAUGCAAUCAACUGUUCGGGUCAAAAGUGCUGCUAGAAAUAUCGUGCAAUAAUAUAGUUGCUGACCUAGGUAUCAGCUUUAGGUGUCAGCUGAGUUCUGUAGUUCAAUUUGCCAAGCUCAAUGGAACUCAAUAAUCCAUUGGAUUGCUUUAUAUGCAGUGAUAUUUAUAGUUCAGUCAAUGUACAGGUCCUUUGAAUCCAUUCUUCUGAAGUUACACUAACAAUGUGUGACUCAUAACAGGCAUGCAAAUGCCUUGACAGAAUUAAAUUGUUCCACUUCCGUUGUUAAUGUUGUACAGUUUGAUCCAUGGCUGUGUUCUUUGUAUAACAUUUACAUUAAAUAAUGUUGAGAAUGCACAGUCCGGAUGUUCAUAUUA